AUGCCGAAGACCUACGCUAUGCGCCUGCUGUUCCAGAAGAACGAAUUGAAGCAGGUGGUCACUCAAUGGGAGAAGAGGUAUAUUUCUGAGAUUGCCAAAUUGGGAGGUCGGGUGGCUCGGCUCAACACCCCACAGGCUACUGCCGGUACGAACAGUGUUAUUUACCAUGUGACAAUGCCUGAUAAGUCUGCUGCACGUAUUGAGGCUGUUAAUUUUGGACCAAAGCGGUUGGAAAAAAUGGGCAAGCUUGUCGAUGGUUGGAUUGUGCCUGAUAAAUGA